UAUUGUUUCUCUGUGGAUUGUGAGGCGUGUGAAUCAUGGAACGUUGGCAAAAUCGUGUGGCAGUUGUAACAGGUGCCAGUUCGGGCAUUGGAGCUGCUUGUGCCAAGUUAUUGGUGGCAGCAGGUCUACAAGUUGUUGGCCUGGCCCGUCGCACAGAUCGCCUGGAGCAAUUGCGUCAAUCGCUGCCCGUCGAUCAGCGAGAACGUUUCCAUCAGCAUGCCUGCGAUGUUUCAGCAGAGUCGCAGGUGAACACCGCUUUUGAGUGGAUCGAACAAAAGUUGGGCGGCAUUGAUGUGCUCAUCAACAAUGCGGGCAUUGUCCGUGAGGGUCAAUUGCUCGACAUGCCCCUGAAAGAUAUCAAUGAUAUUCUGCAAACCAAUCUAAUGGGCAGCAUCUAUUGCACCAAAUUGGCCGCCAAAAGCAUGAAGCGUCGCCAAGUGGCCGGACAUUUGUUCUUCAUCAACAGCACUGCUGGCCUGGCCGGUUACAAUCCUGGCCAUGUCGAUCCCAGUCUUAAUGCGUAUACGCCCAGCAAGUUUGCUUUGACUGCAGUGAGUGAGAUUUGCAGACAGGAGCUGAUCACAGAGAAAUCGAAGAUCAAGACAACGAGCAUUAACCCCGGCUGGGUAGCCACAGAGAUUGUGUCGGAUGAUAUUAAAGCGCAGCUGGGCGAUGUGAUCCUACAAGCAGAUGAUGUGGCCCAAGCGGUGCUCUACGCUCUCUCCUCAUCCCCCAAUGCCCAGGUGCAGGAGAUAACGCUACGAGCAGUGGGUGAAUGGUACUGAUAAGGACUGUGUGAAAAUAAGCACGUGUUUGACGUUGUUUUUUUCAUCUCGUUUUGUUGUUAUUGUUGAAAUGAAGCAAUCAACACCAAAUAACAAUCAAAUGAAGGCAACGACUCUCUCUCUCUCUCUCU